AUGACUGAAACAAAUUUCUCAGUGCAGGGGUACAAUUUGGUAAAACUUUUGAAGAGAUUGGAGGAUGCUACUGCCAGAUUGGAGGAUGUUACGAUUUAUCAAGAAGGCUAUGUUCAAUCCAAGUUUGGCUUAGAGAAAGACGGUAAGGUUGAUGGGUUCGCUGAUUCUGUUACUGCUUCUUCUGCUGAAAGAAUUGCUAGUGCAGGUUCAGGCGCAUCAGCAGCUUCUAAAGAAGCCGCAACACCGGUAGCAACAGCACCAAACAGUACUGGUGAAUCGAAGGAGGAAGAACCGAAAUCAAUUCAAGAAUUUAAGCAUUUCAUUGAACAGAACGUUGAUCCUUUGGUUAAAUUAUCCGCUGAAAUUGAUCCUACUGUUGAAAAAGCUGUGGUGUUUUUAGCCAACGCUUUCAAAGCUCAGUUGGUGUUUUUAAAGGCAGCAGUACAAUCAAAGAAGCCAGACUUUUCGUCAUCUGCAUUCGUGAAAGGUUUGACCCCAAUUAACGAGAACAUCUUCUCUAUUGGUGAGUUGAAAGAGGAGAACCGUAACAGUAAGUAUUUCGCUCAUUUGAAUGCUAUCUCUGAGGGAUCACCACUGUUCUCAUGGAUUGCUGGAUCUACACCUGUGUCUACUAUCACUGAUUUCAAGGACGCUGCCCAGUUUUGGACAAAUAGAAUCUUGAAAGAAUUCAGAAGCACUGAUCCUAAAUCCGUUGAAUGGGUCCAACAAUUUUUGUCCGUUUUCGAUAGCUUGAAGCUGUACGUUAAGGAAUACCAUACCACAGGUGUGACUUGGAACGACACUACUGGUGAGGAUUUCGAAACCGUAUACGAAAGAGUUUCCAACGAGGGAUCCGGAGCUUCUUCUUCUGGUGCUACUUCCAGUGAGCCGCAUAGUUCAGGCGCCGGAGCUCCUCCACCUCCACCUCCACCUCCUCCGGCUUCCGUAUUCGAAGUCAAUGAACAAUCAAAAGAACAAGAAUCUGGUGGAAUCGGUGCUGUGUUUGCUGAGUUAAACCAAGGUGAAAACAUCACUAAAUCCUUAAAGAAAGUAGAAAAGUCUCAGCAAACACAUAAGAACCCAGAACUUCGUGCCUCAGGGAAGGUUUCUGACAAAGCUGUUCCUCCACCUAAACCAAAGAAACCAUCUACUCUGAAGACUAAGAAGCCUCCAAGAAAGGAAUUGAUCGGUAAUAAAUGGUUUAUUGAAAAUUAUGAAGAUGAAGCCGAACCGUUAGUGAUCGAAACUAAAAUUGACGAAUCUGUUUUCAUCGGUAAAUGUGUCAACACAUUGGUACAAAUCAAAGGUAAGGUCAACGCAGUUACUGUCAAUGAAACAGAAAAAUGCAGUUUAGUGCUAGAUUCUUCCAUCAGUGGUGUGGAUAUUAUUAAAUGUUUGAGAUUUGGUAUUCAAGUGGAAAACACCCUGCCACAAAUCACCAUCGACGCGUCUGAUAGCGGCUCCAUUUAUUUGAGUAAAAACUCUUUACAGGCUCAAAUUUUCACCUCUUCUAGCACUGGUAUUAACAUCAACACUCCAACUGGUCCCGAUGGUGACUUCGUUGAAGUUCCACUUCCAGAACAGAUGAUACACACUUUCGUCGAAGGUAAACUACAAACCAAGAUUUACGAACAUGCUGGUUGA